UCGAAUGUAAAAUCAGAGUGGGCAGCCUAUGUCUGGUCUGGUCGCAGCCAAUGAGCAGGUGGUGUUUGGGUGCGAUGAAUAGAGAGUGAAGAGAGGGUUAUUCUCCCUCCUACACCAUGUGAUGACGGCCAGAGUGACUAUAACACUGGAGCGAUGGUUUUUAGUCACUUUCAACAGCAACAAAACGGCAACAGCAUCACUGACGUAAAGCAACCACAAAAAGAACCGGAGCAGCACCGAGCUCAGAACAACGGGAAUUGGACUUGGUCAUCCAAUAUUGGGACCAAACACACAUAAUGGAAAUAGACAGCAUACUGGAUGGAGUGAGGAUGUCGACGGAAUAUGUCGCCUUGAGUCUUUCUAAUUUCUAGCAGUCGGGGACAGCAUCUUUCUGAUUCUGAAUUGCAAUGCAUUCGGUAAGGAGAGUUAUGACAGUAGUUGCUGCAGGGUGCCGCAUUGCCUGACCGCUUGAAGGUAGCAUAGUGUAAUGCUUUUAUGGUAAUUGUAAUGUUAGAGUAUUUUGGGUGGGGAUGGAUGAUAACGGUUGUCUCACAAUUGUGUGUUUAGGCUUCCAACAUAGCCAGGUUAGAGAUGCAAUCGGUGACUGAACACAGGCUAUUCAUAGACCUAAUUAGGAAGUCAGCAACAGCCAGUAUUGCGACUGAUUUGAGAGCUAUAAAUGUCAACAUAUGAAAAGAAAGUUGGAAACAGAAGUCAAAUGUUAGAUAGGUACAGGUGGAAACAUAAUGUCGCUGUCCAAAAAGUGAAUGCAGCCUAUGUUGCACCUUCUAUCACAGGCCUACUCAGGAGGACCCAGGACGAUAUCUGAAGUCAGGCUUUGCUUUUAGGGAACUGAUUGAGAGGGUCCAAUAGGCAUAUACGUGACGCAUUCAUUGUUGGAGGUUUUGGCUCCAUCGACGGUAAUAUUUUACCUACCAUUCAAUAUUGUCCGUGGAAGCAAGGACGAUGGCUCACUUGCAAGCGGGCUUGUCUCCAGAAACCCUGGAGAAAGCCAAGGUGGAGUUAAAGGAGAACCCCGACACUCUACAUCAGGACAUUCAGGAGGUGAGGGACAUGAUCAUCACCCGCCCAGACAUUGGCUUUCUUAGGACAGAAGAUGCUUUCAUCCUGCGCUUUCUCCGAGCGCGGAAAUUUAAUCAUUUCGAGUCGUUUCGCCUCUUGGCCCAGUAUUUCGAAUAUCGUCAGCAAAAUCUGGAUAUGUUUAAAAACCUCAAAGCAACCGACCCGGGAAUCAAGCAAGCUCUCAAAGACGGAUUUCCGGGGGUGCUGACCAACUUGGACAGAUAUGGCAGGAAAAUACUGAUUCUCUUUGCUGCUAACUGGGACCAGAGCAGGUAUACAUUUGUGGAUAUACUGCGAUCUAUUCUGUUGUCGCUGGAGUCCAUGAUAGAAGAUCCAGAGCUACAGGUGAAUGGAUUUGUCCUGAUCAUUGACUGGAGCAACUUCACGUUCAAGCAAGCCUCCAAACUAACACCGAGUAUGCUGAGACUGGCCAUAGAAGGUCUACAGGACAGCUUUCCUGCCAGGUUCGGAGGAAUCCAUUUUGUGAACCAGCCGUGGUACAUCCACGCCCUGUACACUGUUAUACGGCCCUUUCUGAAGGACAAGACAAGAAAAAGGAUCUUCAUGCAUGGGAACAACCUGAACAGCCUUCACCAGCUCAUGCACCCUGAGAUCCUGCCCUCUGAGCUGGGUGGGAUGAUGCCCCCCUACGACAUGGGCACCUGGGCCCGCACCCUCCUGGACCACGCCUAUGAUGAGGAGACUGAGUACUGCCCCGAGUCCUACUCCCUGUCUGUCAAAGACCUGGAGAAAGACCUGUCUCCCAAAACCAUGAAGAGGUCUCAGUCGGUGGUGGAGCCCGGAGUUCUUAAACGGCCAGAAAAAGUGAAGAGCGAGGAGGAGAACAUGCAGCCACUGCUCUCGCUGGACUAAUGUACAGUCUGACACAACACAAA